CUGGCUUCCUCCCAUUGGUGUGUGCUCAGGAUUCAGUAGCUGGUCCUUGAAAGCUACACAGUUCAUAACAUGAGCUCUUGUUGUGCUCAUUAUUUUUAUUUUAUGCCUGUUUUUCUUAUGGAUUUACCCACAACACCAUAAUAUUUAAAUGACAGCAUCACACACUUAAAGCCAUUUGAAGCUGCCUUCCUGGAGACAUCAGCUCACGCUUCUCAGAAUCUAUUCAACAUGGAGUACUAAUUUACAUCAAGCAACACUCUGCCACUUCUCCCCGCUGGAUCAAACCUGGCAGCGAUGCAGAUUGGUCAUCACGUAACUGGUAGCACCUCUCUCCAGAUCCCUCCCCAGCCUAGCCUACACCCAAUCCUGCUGCACACUAUCCAACCCAUCGUCGUUCAGGCCCUUGUCGAUCCAAAGCGGGAAAUGGAGGGACCCCUCCAGCCGCAGACACCAAAGCCACCCAGGACCUGCAGUUCACCUGGACCUUCAGGGAAAUCCUGCUGGAGCUUGGAUAUAAGGGUGGCUGUGCUUCUGUUGACUCUGGCUGGAGCUGUGAUCUUGCUGCUGUUAUACAGACUCUUACAGCUGAGACACAGGCUGAGGUUGGCCAGGGCGAGGCAUGGUCUGGAGUACUACAGCUUCUACCAUACCGCCACCUACACUCUCAAAGACCCUGCACCAUGUCAGGACCUCCCAACCAAGAAUGGGACUGUCCCUGAAGCUACUCUGCCGGUCCAAACUGUAACGGCGGUGACACCCAUUGCCAUCACCCCACUGCCACCCCCGCCGGUACCUAGUCCACCCCCGCUGCCUCUCCCACCACCUCCUGACCUGCCUCCACCCUCUGUCCCUACAACACCUCCUGUGCUGGCCCUCCCUCUCCCCCUGCCUGUUAUCCACACCACCCCACCCAGCCCUCACCUGUCAUGGGGAGCCUGCUCAGACGUAGAUGUCUACUCUCGGAUCGGAGCUUUCAGGAGCUCCAGACUCUCCAGCCUCUCCACCCAAUCGAAGGUUAUCCUGUUUGAACACUCGUCCCUCUGACCUUGGACUUAGACUGGAACCAAUGACUGGAAACCAAAUACAUGUUCUUCUGAUGAACUGUGUUAUAAUAAACUGGGGGUGAUGAGAAUAUGUUCACUAUAUAAUGUGUGCAUGCAAAACAUGGGCACAUAUUUGAAGUUUCAGUUCUUUCAGGGAUAUCUAAAAUUUCAAAAGUGCCGUUUGAGUUUUGCCAGCCACGGGAUUGAUUUAUCUACUAUCUUUUGUGCCGGACCUGUGCAGGAAAAUUGCAGUUUAUAACAAAACACCUCAACUGUGGUUAUGUUUUUGUUCCAUUGGAGAAUGGGCUUCGUCACAUAAUUCAGACUGGUGGAAGUACUGAAUGACUUUCUGAAACCUGUUUUGAUAAAUAAGAAAGUUAGACUUGAAGAAAGUCUCAUUGUCAUUCACAAACUGUUGAGUGGUCAUCAUUCAUUCAGAGCCUCACAAUCUCUUCAAUCAGCAUCAGCACCUUUCUGAAUCUUAUUUCCUGGAUUUAAAAAUAGAAACUAAAUUCUUACACAUACUGAAAAAUUAAAAAGUUACUCCAACAGUAAAAGCACUUCGCUAAAAGAGGGUGUUCAUUGAAUGUGCUCAUGUUUUUGGUAAAUGGUGACCUGAACGCAUCUGUUCACUUGUAAGAGUUAGCCACAUACCAGAAGGUAAAAAGCUGUUUACCAACUCCCAAGAAACAUCAGAAGAAGAAGAACGGUGUUUCACGGAGGCACCCAGGGGUUCCUGCGGCAUGUCUAGUGCUGACAAUUCGAACAGCGCAGCUAGCGGUUAGCAGUUAGCAGUUCAUUUGAACAUUCCUGAACAAAUCUGUGCAGAUUCCAAAAGAGAAAAACUCAAUUUCAACUAUAGCCCGUAAUUAAGCCAGUGGUGCAACCUGUACCAACCUUUAAUCUAUUUUAUGUUUUUGAAUUGCUGCAUGAUUUGGUUCAUGCAGGAUAAAUAAAAUUUAUAAAAUUAUUUUUUCACUUUCUAUAUAAUAAAAAAAUGCAUAUAA